AUGGCUCCCACACCGGUGGAUAACAUCCUCUCUGCCAACCCUACGUCGGCGUCGAAACCCGAUGAAAACUACUGGAAGCCUUCAAAUAUUGCAUUCACAGCAGUCGCCAGUGCUCUUGCUCUUGGCGUCAUUGUCGCCGCGAUAGCCUUCUUCAUCUACAGACAUCGACAACACAAAGAGCUUGCCCAAACAACAGCUGCAAAGGAAGGCCUUCUAGAAGGCGAUGAACGCAAGUCGAGCAUGUUCAGCCGGGAACGAGCCAGCAGCGUCACGGUUUACGUCGAUCACGCAGACACAGACACGGCAUACAAGCAUGUCAGUCAAGAGCCCGCACCGCUUGUACCAUUGCACAUCAAUACGCAAGCACCAGCUGCAAGCAUAGGCAGCGGCAUCAGCGCCAUGAGUAGUAACAGCAACAGUACGCUCGGUACGAUGAUGUUGAGCCCGAUGUCAGAAAGCUCAAGACCAACGGGCAGGCCACGAAGUACUAGCACAUCGAGCGUGCGCUACUACGCUGUAACACCUACAGAUACAACAAUACCGGUGCCGAAGAUCGUUCGAACGAUAUCCGAGUGA